AUGGCCGCCGCUGCGCACACGACGCUGUUUGCCCCCGAGCUGGCCGCGAUGAUCUCGACGUACCAGGGCGGCGUGUACGCAGACAUGCGAGUCCUUCGCACCACGUUGUGUCCGAUCUACGAGUGCUUUUACGACCCUACGAUCAUUCGCCAGCGCAUGCCGAUCACGCGAACCAUCCUUGAGCCGUGGCUGCGCGAGUACGGCGUCGAUCGCAUUCCAAGAGCUGUCGACUUUUGCAAAAAGAUGCGCGUCGUGUUCGUGCAGUACGCCGUGUACUAUGGCGACGUGGCGUUGGCGAGGUACCUCCAUGACCGGUACGACCUGCUCUCGAUCGUCGAGCCACUGGGAGACCUGGCCGCACUCCAUGGCCAGCUCGACAUGCUCCACUUCCUACGCCACAUUGGCCAUAAAGGCCAUACGCCACGGGCGCUCAAGUGGGCCAUCGCCGGCCAGCACCCGAAAGUGAUUGCGUUUCUCUUGCGGGGCUCCCCGGCGCCAGCACUGGCGGAAUCGCCGACGGCCAUCUCCACCUCGGCCAUCUCCACCUCGCGUAGCACGCACUCCAUCACCGUGCUGCCUUCCAGCAAACCCCCCAUGAAGCGGCAGUGCUCCGUCCUCCGGCCUCUGUUUCGCAUGCACGGGCGUCGUCUCCCGACCUUGGCACUUGAAGCCACUUAA